AUGCUCAGGAGAAAUUCGAAAACUAAUAGAAGAUUAUACAAAAACUUCAAACUUGAUUUGUUUGUCACACUACAUGACGUUCUUCUUGUUGUCAUACAACCCCUCGUCCUGAUAAUAGGAAGCAAAUUAAAAGAGCAACCGAGGAUUGUGAAAUCAAAAUCUCCCAGUGAAGUGUUGAACUGGGAGGACAUGCAAAAGAUGAAAUAUUCAUGGACUGUAGCAUGUAAAGUGAUGACACUUGAACCCCCUAGCCCAGGUUCUUUUAGAGAAGCAUUAGCGGAUUUCACGUACAACGGUUUCUCAAUUCCAAAGGGGUGCAAGAAGUUUGAUCCAUCGCGAUUUAAGGUCUCCGAACCACCUCCUUACGCAUAUGUACCUUUUGGUGGAGGAUUCAGGAUGUGCCCUGGAAAAGAAUUCGCCCGGUUAGAAUUAAUACUUUUGUUCAUGCACCACCUAGUCACUAGGUUUCGGUGGGAAAAACUCAUUCCUGCCGAGCACUACAAGAAAAAGUAUGUUUAG